ACUUGAGUCUCCCGGAUUCCUCAACGCUCAGUCCGGAAUCUCUACUGUGUCUGCGCCAAUCGAAUGCGACGGGGGCGGGGUCAGGUGCAGAAAAGCUGGCAGGGAAGGAGGGUGUACAAAGAAAACAUCAGACGCCAGACUGUAUCUCCUGCCAGUGAGCUCGGUAGCAUCUAGUUACCCUUUAGCUGAGUGCAGAAGUCGGAGAGGACGGGGUGCCUGCGUCUCCCUGCUGCUGGUCACUGGUGUGAAAAGUGAUGGGAGCCGAGGCAGCUAGCUGCAAUGUGUUGUGUGCACAGUCUGCUAAACAGAUGGAUCCGCCCACAGCACAGUUUCAGAGUCUGUAGGUACGGGAUGCAGCCACAUGAGGAUGACAGCUGAAUGCGAUGUCAAGCAAAAGCCAGACAAGGCUACAGACAAAAAGGCAACGAAACAAACAGCUGUUGGAGUGUCUACUAAAUCUAUCACAAAGAAGCCCAAACAGGAGCCUAUAAAACGUCAGUCGAAGGCUAAACCGUCUACGUCUUCAGUCCAGAGGCAGGCAGCAGCGUCCAUUUUGUCUCAGGUCCUGCAGAGAGGGAAGUUUCAGCAGGCUGGUGACACAGUGACAGUGAAAGCUGGUCAGACAUUGGAUCUCCGCUGUAAAGGGACAUCUGUACGAUGGAAUUAUCCCCAUUACUUGCACGAGGAUGAUGAGGGAAGGCUGAAGAUAAAACAUUUUGGCCGAUACAGUCAGCUCAUCCUGGUGAACACCACAACGGCGGAUACUGGUGAAUUCAGCUGUGGGGGGUUCCAGUGCACUGGCGACCGCUGCCAUGACGGAGAAGAGAAAAUGGCCAAAACCUAUGUCUUUGUCACUGAUCCCCAGGAACUUUUCGUCCCAACGGAAGACUAUUAUGUGAUUGUGCAGCUGCGCACACGGCAGCCAGCGUUGCUCCCUUGCCAGGUCACCGACCCGCUCGCCAAGGUCACCCUGCACCAAGAGUUCCCGCCUGAGCAGAUCCCCGUGGAUGGGGUGAAGAUUGCUUAUGACUUGAAAAAAGGAUUCAUCAUAUACCAGCCGCACCCGUCUCUGGCGGGAUCUCUGUUCUGCAUUGCAGAGUUAGGGAACCUGAGACAGAUGUCUACCAAGUACAUGCUGAUAUACGUGAACUACCCAUCAGCUCCACCGAAACCUUCUGUGGAAGCCUCAAAGAGCACAGCGCGGGCUGGGGAGAAUUUUAUAGUCACCUGCACUGUCCUGGGUGAGCUGGAGAUCAGUGUGGAGUUCACCUGGGAAUAUCCUGGGCAGCAGAUUGGGAGACCUCCAUAUGUCCGAGAGAGCACGGCACAGACCAGACGAGGGGGGCAGUUGAUGCAAGAGUCACAAAGUGUUCUGGCUAUUGAUGAGGCUCGGGCAGUGGAUGACGGCACUUACACCUGUACGGCUCAAAACUUACAGGGGAGUACGUCCGUAACCACAAGGGUCUCAAUCCUCCCAGCAACUGCUACAGCCAGAGGAAGGAACCAAGGAUAAGACACCUGGGACAGUGUUCCGCGGCAUCCGCCUUUACUCCUGCCCAUCCCAAACAGGUGUUCCCCCCGGAUAAAAGUAUCCCUUGCAUAAAGUAUCUGACAGACUGGUUGUACAGUCUUAUAGUAUAACUGCCCCUAAAGCCAGUAAGUUGUAUCUGUUACAUACUUCUAUCUCAUAUUAAAUGUCAAAAUCUCAAUUUUCAAUA